GCUAUGUAAUUCAGCGCAACGAUGGGCAGCCUGGCGAAACCGUCGUGGCGCUGAUGGCGGCGUCGAGUCGCAAACUGCGCCACCCGUCUCUUUGCCACUUUGAAAGCCGCAAGUCUCGCAUGUCUACUGCCCCGCCCAUGUUUGGAACGGCAGAUCUGUAAGGUCAGACGACCGAUGCGUGUAGUUUGCGGCUCGCUGUCGUGGCGAAGCUAUCGUUCGAGUGUGUUGUCAAUGAACUAAGAGAUGAGUCGGCCAGGACGUUCAGCCUGUGAAAGGAAGCGCAUCCGCCACGAUGUGAAUGCUCUUGGCCGCGCAAUCGCCUUUUGCCACCUUUGAAGAAGGGCAACAGAUGCUACGAGAGUUGGUAUACAAUCUCCAUCGUCUUUCUUCGUCGCAUCAGCGCUUGUUCUUCUUGCUUUGGAAUUUCCCAAAAAGGCUUGAACACUCUUCGCAUCAGUCAAGCCUACCUCCAACAGUAGAAUGACGCAGCUGAAGACGGUGCACAUGCUUCGCUUCAUGGUGCUGGCCGCCAUGGUGGGCAAAAUCAUCUGCGUCGGAAUGCGCCUUAACAACAUCGAGGAGCUAAGUGAGCCAUUGCGCACGAAUCUUGACGACGAGCCGCUCAGAAGUCCAAGUCGAAGUCCAGACGCUUCGCUUCUAUCGACCCCGACCGCGAGGCCGCAACGCAGUCCAAGCCCGCAUCCAACUGACACGUCCGAACGUGGGUUGGCACGCCAAGACUCUUCUGCUUCUCCGAGAUUCCAUUCACCGCUCUACUCGGAUACGAACGCGUCUCGUCCAACGUUUAGAGAGAUCAAUCGAAUGCAGAGGCAAAGAGAACGGCUGGAACAUGCUCGCGCUCGUGCUGGGGCGAGGCAGACGACCACACCCACGACCGACGAAUCGACUGCAACGUCUCGCCGUCGCAGACGACCGUUACCAAACGGCCCUUACGGCGCGGUACGUGUGCGCACGCCAUCCCGGGCUCCUGACGCUACAAUUACGGAGCACCAGGAAAGGACGCAGCUAGCGACUACGCCGACGCAAAGUAGGCACGCUCUCUACCGUGAGCACCAUGAAAGACUACGUCGAGCCCAGUAUCAAGCCCAGCACGAAGCUAGCUUUUCGAGUGAGUAUCCAGGCCGGCGGUUCAUAGCUGCCCGAAUGCCGUCGCAUCGGCUCUUGGAUUGCUGCUGACGCACGCGCUCUUUCUGAUCCUGGAAAAGACCACGAAAGCGAGGUACAUGGGGUGGAUGUGGAUCAACGCAUAAUCCAAACGAUGCGCCAACAAGGCCGCCCUGAGGAGCAAAUUCGGCUGUUGCAGCAGAGCCU